GGGCAAAAAGAAAAAACUUAAGUAGUAGUGAAAUCAGCGCGAAGGUCAUCAGAGCUGCGCUCCAAAACCUUCAGCAACUGCCAUGGAAAUUACCUACUCCUCCAUUCUCUAUACUCACCCUAUCAAAAGAACCACAGCUUGCAAUUGCUCAUACUCCCAUGCCAUUCCUAAACACCUUCCAAGCAGAUUCUAUCCGUCUUCUCCACGUCUAUCUGUUUUCUCCAGAAGCUACAAUUUCAUUGUAGACUCGAGUUUACGAAUUAGAAGAUUAACAGCUUUCAGCAGUUCCAGCAGUUCUAACAAUGACUCACCCCAAGAACUCGCAGUUCUUCUCGAAGUCGAAGGAGUCCUUGUGGAUGCAUAUCGCUCAACUAAUCGCCAAGCUUUUAAUGAAGCAUUUCGUAAGCUUGGACUUGACUGUGCAAAUUGGACUGAACCUGUAUAUUCAGACCUUGUCAGGAAGAAUGCUGCUAACGAGGAACGGAUGCUAAUUAUGUAUUUUAAUCGUAUUGGUUGGCCGACUUCACUACCAACAAAUGAGAAGGAAUCGUUUAUUAAAAGUGUUCUGCGAGAAAAGAAAAAGGCAUCAGAUGAAUUGAUGGUUUCACAAAGUUUACCUCUACGGCCUGGAGUUGAAGAUUUCAUUGACAAUGCUCAUAACGAGGGAAUACCUGUGAUUAUUCUCACAGCCUACAGCAAGAGUGGAGAAGAAAUUGCUAGAUCUAUCAUCAAUAAGCUUGGACCUGAGAGAAUAUCCAAAGUAAAGAUUGUUGGGAAUGAGGAGAUGAGACAGAGUUUAUAUAGUGAAUUUGUGAGUGGUCAAGCAAAGCAGUCAGGUUUGGAAGAGGAACUAGCUAAAGAAGCAAUGAAGGCAGCUUCUGCUGAGAAACAAAGGAUAGCCAAGAAGGUUGCAUCGGCGCUGAAGUUGAGUGUCGAGAUAAAUACUACCUCAUCUGAAAGUUUGGACAAGAUCAUAUGUGCAUUGCGUGCUGGAUCAGAACUUGCUGGCACACCCGUUUCCAAUUGCAUCCUUGUUGCAGGAACCCAGUCAGGGAUUGAUGGAGCUGAACGAAUAGGAAUGCCACGUAUUGUGAUCCGAAGCAGUUUGACAUCAAGAGCCGAGUUCCCUUCAGCAAACGCUAUAAUGGAUGGCUUCGGAGUCGGUGGCUUAACCAUUACCAGAUUACGGCAAAAGACUUGGUCUUGAGGUUCAUUGUUACUUUCUGUGCUGCCUCUACAUUACAUUACCGUUAAAUCGGUGUUAAGAAUGAAGACGAUGUCAAGUACCGUUACACGACUAUUUUCAUGAUUCCAUUCAUACAUGUAUCGCUAUGGCUUAAAUUCUUUGAAUUUUGAAUCUUGAAGAAUGAGGUGAAAGAAUAUAAAAGAAAGGGUUUCAUUUACGAAGAUUUAAUAUGAAGAAAAAAAAUCUCUUGCA